AUGGGAGAAUACGCCCCAACAAACGGUUCCAUCGACCUCCCCGACUCCAAGUCUCCUUCGCUUAUCCUUACGAAUCCUACACCCGAAGAAAGAUUGGAAACCUGGAACUUGAACUCCGUCAAUUGGGGAACCGCCCUGCCUCUACCGGACUAUAUUGAGCGUGAACGCUAUCUCACAACAGUACCAUUAGCAAAAGAUGGAGGAAUCACACAUUGGGUUCUCGUUGAUAGAGACCUUCCUCCCAACGAGCGACCUAUUCUCGCCGCCUGCGAGUCCUUGAGAAAGCCGGUACUCGUUUCAAAAGGCGGAGUUAUAACGGAAGGAAUCACACAUGGAGUUGGCAGCGUGUUCAGUCAGCCGAAGUUCAGAGGAAUGGGAUAUGCAAGCCGCAUGUUGACAGAAUUGGCCCCAGUUCUAAAGACAUGGCAGCUUGAUCCAAACACACCCGGACACGAAACCUGUCCAUUCAGUAUUCUUUACUCAGAUAUCGGAACAAAAUAUUACUCCAAAUUCGGAUGGGCCACCUUCCCAAGUACACAUUUUGCUUUUCCUCCUUCCGACUAUUCAUCUACAACAAACAUUCAACCUCUCACAUACCCCGACAUCCCAGCUCUUUGUGCCCUAGACGAGGAUAGAUUACGGAAAGAAUUAGCGAUCGCUGCCAAAGAUGGCAAAACCCAUGUUGCCCUCAUCCCCAACCACGAUUGCAUGCAAUGGCACCACAAACGCGAGGACUUCGUAACCAAUAAAAUCUUCGGCAAAUCCCCCACCAUCAAAGGUGCCAUUACCGGCGAACCCGGAUCCCGCGUCUGGGCUAUCUGGACACGAGCAUUCUACAAACCAGUUACUCCAAAAUCCGGAAACACUCUCCACAUCCUCCGCCUGAUCGUGGAGGACGAGACUGAUUCUGAAGAGAACGCUCAGAAAUUGAAAAGUAUUCUUCAGUUCGCUCAAGCGGAAGCUAAGGAGUGGCAGCUCAAUGAAGUGGAUGUAUGGAAUCCCAGCGAUACGCUGAAGAAACUCGUCAAGAGGACGGGCCUGGAAAAUAAAUAUGUUAUUAGAGAUGCGGAAAGUAUUGCCAGUUUGAUGUGGUAUGGUGAAGGGUCUACGGAAGAUAUCAAUUGGGUUGCAAAUGAGAAGUUUGGGUGGUGUUGA